CAGUUCGUUGUCCGAAGUGUUGCCAUGAUGGUCAGUGUACGAAGUAUACGCCAGCGCAGAGAGCUCAUGUGUACCGGCCAAGAAACGCCGGAAGUUGAAGCAACAGAGAGAGUAAUAAGUACCAUGGUAUGCAGGUCUCCUCAGCAACACGGAGUUUUCUCCCACCAGUAAUGGUGGACCACCACCACACACCCGCCACAUGGACCACAGCGGCGGUGGAAUUCAGCCAGCUCUAUCCAACGUCUCAUAUCCGUCGCGUUGAGGCGCAUGACUCAAUUGCUGGCAGCAACUUGCGCUGUGCGCAGCAUGCAGAGCUCGGGAUGUGGGCUUCAGAGCCAGAUCUUAUCCACAUGUCAAUUACGAAGAGCGACCGUCGUGGCGUUGAGUCGCUCGUGACGCGCAAGAAGGUCCAUUGUGCAUACAAAGACUGCGCUUCCCGCACUUUUACCGAACCCGCCUCUGCAGACCACGCACUGGGGCUGAUCCUUGCGCCCCGCUCCGCUCCAGCAGACUCGAAAAAGACCCCGACAGCAAAAGAUGUUCCGUAAGUUCGCUGUCUGCACGGCCGUGCUGGUGGCCGUACUCUCCAACGAAGCGCUGGCCCUGCAGCAGGGUGGCUCGUUCACGCCGACCACCAGCGGCAACCAGGAUGACUCGUACACCACGCCGGCGACCAAGGGGCCUGUUGUGACGACGCCGACCCCUGUGGCCACCACCCAGCCCCCUGCCGCUACGGUGCCGGCCACCACGGCUCCGGCUGUGACGCCGGCCGCUACUACGCCAACCCCGGCGGUGACUCCGGCCGCUACGACUCCAUCCCCGGCCGCGACUCCGGCUGCCACGACCCCGGCUCCGGAGAUGGAGGCCCCAGUGGCUACCCCGGCAGUGCCUACGACGCCUGCUACCACCCCGGCCGUCACGACCCCGUCGACGCCGACGACUCCUUCUGCCACCCCGGCUGUCACUACGCCUUCGACCCCGUCGACCCCUUCGACCCCGUCGACCCCUUCGACCCCGUCGACCCCUUCGACUCCUUCGGUGCCUACUACCGGCACCAAGUCCCCUGCCGUGACUCCGGCUCCUGAGACGCCUUCCGUUCCUACGACUGGAACCAAGGCCCCUGUCGCGACCCCGGCUGCUACCACGCCAACGGCUGAGCAGGGAUCUCACGCUACCGACUGCAACCCGAACUUCCCCGUCGAGGAGACGGAGAGCCCUGCUGCUACUCCCGCCGCUACGACGCCGACUCCCGCUGCGACCCCGGCUGUUACGACACCGACGUCGACGAAGGGACCCGUCGUGACCCCUGCUCCUACCACCUCAACCGAUGUGGAGAGCUCUGCUUCGAAGGCCGACUCGACCUCGACCACCGAGGACUCGAGCAGCGACAACAUCGAGCAGACCGCUCAGCAGGCUAACACCCAGUCGGGUAAUGAGAGCAACAACGACAGCGGCGUCCCUACUAUCGCCAUGGCCGCCAUCGGCACUGUGGCUGCUGUGGCUGCUGUCGGCGUUGCCGCUGCCCAGAUCAAGAAGGCGCGUGAUGCCGACGCCGCUCUGGAGACCCCCGGCGACAGCGAGAACAUCCACAUUGAGAUUAAGCGCACGCCGGCUGGCGGCAGCACGAUCCUGUAAGGCGCCGGUUAUGCCUUUCGGGAUCGUGACAUAUGUCACGUUGUAUGAGGUGUGUUUGUCUAGGCUAACCCAAUUGGAUAAGGUUGGCUUCCCUCGCACGUAGUUCUCGAAUUCGAGUAGCGAGUUUUGUAUUACGACGCAUCGGAUAACGACAGCGAGGUAGACAGCAUUCCAAUGCAUUUAAUUUUCACACUUCCACUUCGACUACGCAGCGUUCUGUUGAAUUGGCAAUGCUGAACCAGGAAAUCUAGUACUGACUUUCUGGCUUCGGCACAAGUCCGAGCUGGGCUAAGACUAAUCGUAGACCAAAGCGAAGCAAGACGACACCGCCACGCUCAGCAACCGUCUGAAUUAUUACGACAGUCACGGUUUAGCGGCGAAUGGAUUUUGUAGUGUUCAUGCUGGUCAUGGCCGUAGCAAAGGGCCCACACGAACAAAAGAUAGAAUGCUACGCCGAUGUCGAUGACCGCAAUGAAGCGUGAACCUGUCUUGUUGACAGCGUUGUUGUACAGUUCGAGAUACAGAAGUCCC